CUUACCGGAGGAACCCUUGCUGACAUAUGUGAAGCUAUGCUAUAGGAAUACUUAAGCCAUGAAGGGGUUGGGAGCUAAUAGAGGCCGUAUCCUGUCUGAUAACUGUGAGCCCACACAUGACCCGCUGUAUCCUACUCAAGAAAGGAACCCUUAUUUACUUAACCCAGCUGACUCCUAUACUAUAGACCCUCGAUUUGCAACACAAAAUUCCAUACAUGGCGAAUGUCUUCUUCCUCUCAAUAACCAACUUUCCAACAGUAGCACAUUCCCAAGGAUACAUUAUAACUCGCACUUUGAUGUUCAGGAUGAAUGCCCCUUCCCUCCACAAACACCUUCAGCUAAGAUUAACAGGCUUCCUGCCAAUCUUUUGGACCAAUUUGAAAAGCAGUUGCCAGUCCACCGUGAUGGAUUCAGCACACUUCAGUUCCAGAGGAGUGAAGGAAAACAUCGUAAUGAGAGUCCAGGCCGCAUACGUCACAUAGUGAGCUCUGUUCAAAAGCUCUUUGCUAAGUCUCAGUCACUAGAAGGAACUUCUAAAGGAAAUAUUAAUGGAAAAUUUGGUUCUGAAGAUAGCAAACAAAGCAGACGAAGUAAAAGCAAAGACAGGGCAAAGACUGAAUCUAAGAGAAGAACAAGAUCAAAUAUUUCAGGGUUUUGGAAUUCAGAUGACAAUCUAGAUAGUGAUAACUCUAAUUAUCAAAAUCCAAUGAACCUCAUGACUCUGGGCAGAAGGUCUGAUCAAGGUCCUGCAAAGUACUUUAUGCAUGCCUACAACACCAUCAGUGAGCAUACACUUAAAGCUUCAAAGAGCAAUAACGAUUUAAAAUUAUCUCCAUGUUUUACUACACCAAUCAAUCCAGACUCCAAAUACAUCCAGAGAGGCUCUUGGUCUACAUUAACCUUGAGCCAUUCUCGGGAAGCCUGCCAGAAGACAGUUGCUACAAUUGACAAAGGUCUUCUAAAAUCUAAAUCUUGUCAUCAGGAUAUAGCUGCUCAUUAUUUACAGGUGCCUCAGGGUGAGUGGAACAGCACUUUGUCUCGAGACAGAGGAAGUGAGAUUCCAUGCCGGAGAAUGCGAAGUGGUAGCUACAUCAAAGCCAUGGCAGAUGACGACAGUGACGAUUCUGAGAUGAGUCCCAAACCCUCUCCAAAGACUGCUGCACGACGGCAAAGCUAUCUCAAGGCAACACAGCAGUCCCUUGGUGAACAAAGCAUUACGCACAACGAGAGCUAUCUGACAUCACUGAGGGAACUCUUUACUGGCAGGAGCCUGGAGAAUCUGGACUCAAUCGGAAUGCUGUCUCUGCCGAAGUUCCAGAGCUGGGAAGAAGAAUUCACGGAUAACAGUGACACACUGGGCAAGUCCGAAUGCAACAAUCAGGUAAUCCGUCCACCCCUUUCCAGAGUGAUCUGGCAACUAGCAGAAGAGCAGUCUGAGUUUGAACGAUAUGGCCCAGUGGUGGGUCCAGAGGAAAGAGCAUGGGUGCCAGGAGCAGAGAUGCAAGAAGAUGAGAGAAAUGAUCACUAUGAGCCAGCGAUGGAAUCUGCAUUCAGCGAAGGAGAAUCUAUAAAUACUGAAGCCUUGGACUUAACCUUGCCCAGCUGUUUCCGAUCAAGGAGCCAAAGUUACCUUCGAGCAAUUCAGGCAGGAUGCUCCCAGGAAGAAGAAGAAGACAGUGUGUCUGUCCACUCAACGUCUCCCCCUGAAUCUGCCACGGCCACAACUGUGAGGACCAACCCCUCCAACAACAAUUCAACAUGUCUAGCAGCGUAUAAGAAGACACCACCCCCAGUUCCUCCUCGGACCACUUCCAAACCAUUUAUCUCUGUUACAGUGCAGAGCAGUACAGAAUCAGCACAAGAUACAUACCUGGAUAACCAGGAUCAAAAAAGUGAGAACAAUAGUCAGUCAGGAUUAAGUAUUUCAUCAGACAGCUUCGACAGCAUCAGGGGACCCAACAUUAGUACAAAAGGACCGGACAUUAUUACGAAAGGACCUGUAACACCUGUCAUUCGGGAAGUGCCAGAGAAUGUAACAAAAAAUGAGACCCUUAAGAGUGACAAAGGAACACUAACAAGUGAAGAGCCACCAAUAGAAAUUGUUCCAAAGAGAAAGUUGUCAUCAAUAGGAAUACAGGUUGACAGCAUUCAGUCACCACCUAAAGAACCAGUUUCGCUCACUACAUUCCAGUCCAUUGGUGUGCAGGUGGAAAACGAGUGGCAAGCAAGCCGCUCCAGCAGUAUGACUUCAAAACAGGAGACAGAGUCUAACACACAGGAGUUGAAUAAUUCUAAUAAUAAAUCUCUAGAGAAGAACUGUGUGGACUUAAACCAGCAUAACAAUUCUGUCAAUGCAGACUCUGCUGUACAGCAACAGCAAGCAAAGCUUGCUCAAACACAAAAAAAGAACACUUCCUAUAGUGAGAGUAUGGAUCCUGCGCUAGAUCCUUCUUCUCUCCCUCCACCAGAUCCUUGGCUGGAGUCUUCAACGAACUCUCCUGUGGAAACUGUUCAGUCUUCGUCCUGCUGUCGUGAUGGUUACUGGUUUUUAAAACUUCUACAAGCAGAGUCGGACAGGAUGGAGGGAUGGUGCCAUCAAAUGGACAAGGAGACCAAAGAGAACCAUCUCUCUGAAGAAGUCUUAGGAAAGAUCCGCAGUGCAGUAGGAAGUGCCCAGUUACUAAUGUCCCAAAAAUUCCAACAGUUCCGAGGCCUCUGUGAAGACAACCUGAAUCCAAAUGCAAACCCAAGACCUAGUGCCCAAGAUCUGGCUGGCUUCUGGGACCUCCUCCAACUCUCGAUUGAAGAUAUAAGUAUGAAGUUUGACGAAUUGUACCACCUGAAGUCAAAUGAUUGGCUGCUUACGGAGACAUCAGAGAAGAAGGAAGAGAAGAAGCCACCACCUCCAGUGCCAAAGAAGCCAGCCAAGCCCAAGGCACCCCUAACCAGGGAUAAACUGUCUGAUUCUGUGGACAAGCAGCGACAGGAAGCUCGUAAACGACUCAUGGCAGCAAAACGAGCCGCAUCUGUGCGGCAGAACUCUGCAACGGAAAGUGCAGACAGCAUUGAGAUCUAUGUCCCAGAAGCACAGACCAGACUUUGAGCAGAGGCAGACAAGAAUUAAAAAGAUAGUUUUAAUUCCUCUUGUCUCUAGGGAUAAUCUGGAGACACUUCGGCCUUCAGCUUCCUGAGCACUCAGAAUCCAAGGAGAUGAAAUUAGUGCAUACUAUGGCAUUGCCAUCUAUGCUCAGUAGACUACUAGCAGACUCUAAUAUCAAUCUUUUAAAUAUUGUACUAUCAAAGGUGACUUACUAGCUCAUUUACAGAUGAACUGAACCAACAACAACAAAACAGCCUAGAUGCUUGCCAUGCUGCUCCUUGUUACAUGCAUGGCUUUUACUUGUUCACUGUGUUGGACUACAUUUUCUGUAUAGCUAAAGGAUGAAAUGAAA